GGCCACAGUCGCCGCCGGAGCGCGGCCAGCCCCCGCCCGCUGCCUUCAGCUUCCCCAUCGCCGGGACAUGGCCACGGAGCCCCCGCGGCCGACGGGGCGCCCCGAGGGCGGGCGCGGGUGCUGCGCGGGCGGCGGGCGCGGCGAGACGGAGGAGGCCGAGGCCGCGGCCCAGCCGGUGCUCGGCGCCUCCCUCGGCCCCGCGGCGGCGGGGGGCGGCCGGCGGCGGGCGCUGAACGGAUGCGUGCCGCUGUCGCAUCAGGUGGCUGGGCACAUGUACGGCAAGGAUAAAGGCGGCAUACUACAGCAUCCAGAUGGAACUGUCCUGAAGCAGUUGCAGCCACCACCACGUGGUCCCAGGGAGCAAGAGUUCUACAACAAGGUCUAUGACUCUGAAUGUUGUGACAGCAUUCUUCUGGAGCUGCGGGAAUAUCUGCCGAAAUACUUCGGUGUCUGGUCACCACCCACUGCACCAAAUGAUACAUACCUAAAACUGGAAGAUGUGACCCGUAAGUUUAACAAGCCCUGCAUAAUGGAUGUAAAAAUAGGUCAGAAAAGUUAUGAUCCUUAUGCUUCAGCGGAGAAGAUACAGCAGCAGGUCAGCAAGUACCCGCUGAUGGAAGAGAUUGGCUUUUUGGUUCUUGGAAUGAGGGUGUACCAUGUGUCUUCAGACAGCUAUGAGACACAAAACCAGCACUAUGGAAGGAGCUUGACUAAGGAAACAGUGAAGGAUGGCAUCUCAAAGUUUUUCCACAGUGGGUACUGCUUGAGAAAAGAUGUGGUAGCUGCCAGCAUUCAGAAGGUUGAAAAGAUUCUGGAGUGGUUUGAGGGCCAGACGCAACUCAACUUCUACGCAAGCUCAUUGCUGUUUGUCUAUGAAGGUUCUUAUCAAGUGACAACCGUGCGCUUGAGUGAUGUCACCUUGGCAGAGAAGAGAAGAGUACCCAAAGGCCUGUUAUCAGGUGGAGAUGUAUUGGAGUAUAAUAAUAAUAUUCAUGUAAUAAAUUCUACAGAGAAUGGAAAAAUUGAAGCCUCUGUAAGUAAAGGCUUGUCUAAGUUUUAUGCACUUCACAAAAAGGCGUGUUCGAAGGGGCACCACAGUCAGCUCUCGCUAAAAGUUGAAAACUCAGAGCAAGACAAUGUGUGGAAAACCAGCACAUGCAUUACACAGGAGCACCUGAAUGGAAAUGUUCUACCCCAACUGGAAAAAGUUUUCUAUCACAUGCCAGCAGAGACCAAGGAAAGUGCAAAUGUUGAAGUCCGAAUGAUCGAUUUUGCUCAUGUGUUUCCUAGCAACACAAAGGAUGAGGGCUAUAUUUAUGGUCUGAAGAAUCUAAUCACAGUACUGCAAAAUAUUUUGGAUAACUAAAUUCUUUGCUAUGUUUUUUAUUGGGGGCCAAUGAUAAAGAGCAACAACAUGAAGAAUUUCUGCACUUGUAAUGAUGUAUUAUAACUGGGUUUGUAUUGUUCUAUAUUUUAUUUGUCUUUGUACUUUUGGUAGAAGGGUUUAACUUUUUAUAAUUUCACUCAGGAAAAAUAUUGAUAGUUAAUUAGGAAGUGUGAAAGGAUGAAGAUACUUGAGAUAAAGCAGGAUAGGUAAAUUAAUAGAAUGAAAUGUAUGUGGUUGGCUUAAGUCAAAGGACUACCAGAAGCAAGGGUUAUGUUAGUUCCUGUAAUGACUUUAGCAUAGAUUACAUUUUUGCCCAUUUAGCCUUGACACUGAGCCACAUCUCCAUUAAGAGGUGUUUAGAAAAAAAAUUGAAAGUUGUAAGGUGGAGGAUUGAUGUCCUCAGUGCUGCCCUUGUGUUUACUGUAUUUGAAUAACUGGAGUAACUCUGCUUGAAGAGAAAUCCUGUUCUGUGUCAGCAGUCUCACCCGAAGCCAGUGCAUCCCAAAGUGCUUUUCCGUGUCACGGGACUAUAUUGUUGUUCUUUCAGCCCUUCCCCCUUUGUGGAUGUCUGUAGCUGAUGCUCACCACAGAUGAGCUACCACGUAAUUUGUGUUGAGGUGCUAAGAAAAUGCUGGAGUACAAUACCAUAACAGGCUUAAACUGCACAACUUCUAAAGAAGCUGUUUGUUCCUAAGAAUGAGGGAAAGAAGGAAAAUGCAAGAUGUUCCAGGAACUAAUUUGGUUUAGGAGAUUGUCAGUCUGUUAAUGGUGUCUGAUGCUGUGAUUAAGGAAAAUGUCUCACUGUUGUUCUCAUGGCCCUUCUCCAACGACAUUGCUUUAAAAAGCAAACUAGUAGAAUGGGGAAACAAGUGUUUUGGGCAAGUCUCUGCUGGCUGUAAGCCACUUGCAUUUUUGCAGUGAGCAUUUGAUGCUUCAGCUGCUGGGGAGCACUGACUGGAACCACAAGCAAUACAGGUGGAGGAGCCUCCUGCAAGAUUGUUCAGCCUUGGAGCCACUAGCUGUACCACUGUUUGUGCCAGUGGAGCUGUGGCCCUUCCAUCCUGGGCUGCAGAUACUGCAGGUUUCUUUAAUGACACACAGGCAAGAUGUGUAAUAUGAAAGCUGUCCUAUUUCCUUCCUUAUCACAAGAAAAUUUCAACUUUUGUAUGGAAUACUUGAGAUCAGGAUGAUGUAUGCAAAGUAGUUUUGGUGUGUCUCUCCUCUAUGCUGUGUAGGUGGCUGUGCUGCCAUACAUAUUACAGUGAGCUAUAUGAAAAGUGGGAAUGGACAAGUCUUGCCAUCCCUAGAUAGAGCAAGAUUUUAAUGUUUAAAACAUUUCCAGGGUGAAAAUGUUUUAGAAUGGGUUUGGUCAUUGGAAUCAUACAUCUUUUUCAUGUGGACUUAGUGACCCUGUGGCCUUGCUGCUCUCUCUGUAUGAUGUUCUGCACUAUGCACUCAGCUGUGUACACAUCUUGACAAGUUCUUCAUUGGACAUCUGUUUUCUACAUGACAGAGAUUCAUACUUUUUCAAGCAAAUAUGCUGUUUUAAAUAAAGCUGAAUUUUUAGCUGUGUUUGAGAACUUGGGUUAAUUGGGAGAAACAGGGUAUUACUGUUGUGUAGAAUUACAUGGUUUAAACUUUAGAGCUCAUAUUUGCCAAUAUAUUCAAGAUUGAAACCAGUCUUUUAGUAAUAUGGUGUUUUAGAAGUAGGGAAAAAGGGACUUGCAGGAAUGGUGAGACCAGCAUGUUGAAAAUUUUAUGUGAAAUACAGUGGAGUCUGAUGGGGAAAGUACCAGGAAGAGAGGGACUUUUUUUCCUACCUAGUAUUUCUCUUGCACCUUAUAGUUAAUAUAUUCCCAACUUUCUGUGAAUUAAUUUAAGCCAUAUCCUAGAAAGUUUGUGGUUUUGUUUGCUUUGUCACUGGUUUCUCUGUUAGGAUUUUGUUGUUCUAUCCCCUAAAUAGUCAACACGAGAGUAGUCCAGACUGAUAGUGGCCUUGUAUGAUAAAGUUACAAGGUUUUAUAGGAAAAUACAGGCAAAAACAUUUAAAUAUCUUUAUUUUUGUCCUCUGUAAUUCAUCUCUUCUGGAUUUUUAAUCCAUUUUGUACCAGAGAAAUGAGGCAUUUUCCUCAAGUCAGUUAUUGGAAAAUGAUUAGUAUGCACUUAGUACCAUGCACUCUCCUGUCUCAGCUUUAAGAUACUUGUCCUUGGUGUUUGAAUGCUCUUUAAGUAUUGAUUAUUUUGUUGGCUAUGGCAGUAUUUGUAACAUGCCCGGAAUAUUGUCAACCUGUCAGAAUAUUUUAAAUAAAAAAAUGUAUCAUGUUUUUUGUA